AUGUCUGCACGAAAAUUGUUGAAAGUUUACAAAAAUGGCUUAUUUUAUUUUAAUUCAGAUAAAACAUUAAUGGUCUUACCAAAAAAAUACAUAAAAAAUGAGACCUACCAAGUUGGCAUGACGGUGGAUAUUCAGCUGCCAAGACAAAUAGAGCAAGCAGAAAUCAUUGAUUUAAAUGAGAAGACUAAUUUAGAAAUAAAGCUUUUGGAAUAUUAUAAUGACCCUGAGAAUAGACACAAAUUUGAAAGCAGUGAAGAGGAGGGUGAAAGAGAUGAGGAGGGUGAAAGAGAUGACGAGGCAGAAAAGGCAUUGGAGAUGGUUUUAAAGUGUGGAAGUAAGAGAAAGAACAAAAAUCCUGCGAUAAUAACAUUUGGAGAUACUGGAGCAGGCGCGAAUAAAAACGACUGGAAUGAAAAUAAUAAUGAAUGUAAAGAAAAUAAAGGAUGUGUCGAAGUAACACAAAACAGAUUGCUAGAAAAUAUAGCUAGUAUUCGUAAUGAUGUUGUAGAAACUGAAAAGAACAGGGAGAAUGAAACAGAAUUAAUGGAUUGUUUACAACCUUUACAACGUACCGGUGAUAACAGUAGUGGUAAAACAACUGAAAUUUUCGAAAUACCAGAUUUUGAUAACGAAUCCAUCAAUUUUGGGGUCAAAGAGAGCGGUGUUCAAUUUGCAACACAGGUCGAUACAGCGGCAACCCAGCAAUACCACAGUGCCUGCUUUUCAAGACUCCUGCAACAAAACACUCCGCUUGCUCAACAGUUUGCUGAAAUAAAAGCAAACAAUGUUUACUUGCAGGGUAUCCUUCACCAAGUCGUCGCCAAUCAAGAACGAAUCAUUGGGAAAUUGGCAAUUCUUGAUCCGAAUAACGAAACGUUUGACAACAUCAUAUUCACCAACGAUUAUGAUGGAUAA